ACAACAGGUCAUUUGCUCUCAUUCUGUCUGUCUUGCAACGGGCAUUCUCAUCCUGUACAAGUGUGGUUGAUUGACAGAAAUCACUAGUAUGCAUUUAAUCCUGCUGCGUUGCUUCCUCCAAGUUGUACAAUUUCAUUUAAGCCUGUCUCAGCGAGGGACAGGAAUCUAGCAAUUUGUAGCCUCAUUUGCGUAGCGUAAAUCCUGAUUGGGUGUUUACUGGCGGGAAGGACAGUCAGUCAGUCAGCACACAGCACAGAGUGGAGGAGAAAGACAGUUGAGGUUUCUUGUGCAGAUUUGAUUUGAGGGGGCAAGACCCCUUCUUGCACCCGCGUAAAGCCGGCCGUGGUUUCUGCAGCCUUCCUGUCAGUUGUAUGCCAAUUUAGGUUGUAUCACGGUGUCGGAACAAGAUUAAAAAGGGAGGCAUGGAGGAAGGAAUCAGCUUUGCAUUGGUGGGUUGCUCUGUUUCCAUCUCUCUCACAGUUGAGUCAGCAUGGAGCUGCAUACUUGCUCAUUCUGUACUGCUCACACACACACACACAUACACACACACACACACACACACACACACACACUUCAAGCUGCAAAUAAGAGCAGGACGUGAGGUGCACACACAGACAAACACACAGACAUCGCCUCAGGACGUCGGUGCAACAUAUGCAUGAGGAAAUGUGAAAGUAUGAAAAUGGAGCAGAGCUAACUGAGAGACCCAAACGAACUGAUGAAGCAGAUGGUCUGAUGUGACAGAAGUUUGAAGAAGUGCAGCACUCAUGGCAGGACCAACCGGACAAGAACCCAUAAAGACUCAGCAGAAGUGCAUUGCCAUCUUUGCACUGCUAUGCUGCUUUGCUGUGCUAUUGGUGCUUAUCUUCUCCUCCGUGGAUAUUUGGGGGGACAGCGAGGAUGGCAUCACAGAGGAGAAUUGUCGCACUGACUGUCGCAUUGUCCUGAUGGAGACAAUCCCCGAGGAUCUUCAACAACACCUGAAUGCCAGACCGAAUUUGCCGCUAUUUGUUGGCUUCCAUACCCUCCUGGACCAAGCUAAGCAUUCAAUCCAGAUAGUGUCACCGGUCUGGAACUUGAGGCCCUCGGAAAAAGAACCCAUUCAGAGCACAGGACGACAGGGUCAUCUAUUAUUCCAGAGAUUGCUGAACUUGAAAUCCCGCGGGGUCAAACUCAAGAUUGUCAGCAAUCUGACAAACUCUGCAGAACAGAAGAUUUUGGCAACACACAAUGCAGAGAUUCAUUUGGUUAACAUGACAGCUUUUACCCGUGGAGGACUCCAUUCCUCAUUCUGGAUCGUAGAUCGGACACACUUUUAUGUUGGCAGUGCUGACAUGGACUGGAGGUCCUUCUCCAAGAGAAAGGAGCUGGGCCUGAUGGUGUAUAACUGCAGUUGUCUGGCUCUGGACCUCCACAGAGUGUUUUCUUUUUACUGGCAGCUCCAUGACAGGGACUACAUCCCCUCAAUCUGGUCCAGGAGAGUUACAGCGCUCUAUGGCAGACACCAGGCCCUGCAGCUGGAGCUCAACAAUACCCCCGCAGUUGCAUAUGUGUCUACCUCCCCUGAUCUCUUCUGUGCUAAAGAGCGCACCAGAGAUGUAGACGCCAUCAAUCACGUCAUGCAGAGUGCGAAGACAUUCAUCUUCAUUUCUGUGAUGGACUACCUGCCUCUGGUCAGCAGGCGCCUCAGAGGAGCCUCGGUCACAAGGUACUGGUCACCGCUUGAUGAGAUGAUCAGAGAGGCUGUGGUUCUGAGAGGGAUCAAAGUUCGCCUGCUCAUAAGCUUCUGGAAGAACACUCACCCGCUCACCUUUAACUUCGUAACUUCCCUCAAGUCGCUGUGCAUGCAGCCGUACAACUGCUCUCUAGAGGUGAGAUUUUUCAGUCACAAGCCGCAAAAGGAUGACAUUCAACAUGGACUCAAUCAUAACAAGUACAUGCUGACUGAAAACGCUCUUUAUAUUGGGGACCAUAACUGGGUGGGAGAUGAAUUUUCCAAUAAUGGAGGCGUUGGGCUUGUGGUCCAGAUGAAAAAUGACGAAGGGAAGAUCAUGGAACAAGUGAAAGCUGCUUUUGAAAGAGACUGGACUUCACCUUAUUCUAAAAAUCUCCUGGGAAACAAAGAUCGAUACAACAAAUACAAACACUUCCACCAAGUGGAGACAUAGGAGGAGGACAAGUGGAAUGAACCUGAACCUAUAUUUCAAUAUACCGACUACAUUUCUGUAAUUUUUAUUUAAUCUUGUAUUUAAUGUGAACAUGCUGCACUCUGCACUACUGUGAUAAACGGCUUAUGCAGUAAUUAGAUUUUUCAGUACCCAAAUGAAUUAAGCUACAUCUAUAUGUAACAACAUACAUUAGCUGACUACAUCUUAAGGUGAUUAUAUUGGUUGGUCAUUAUAAUGCUGCAUGAAGUAUGUUAUUAUAUAAUGUAUAUUUAAUCCAUUAAGCAACCCAUGUUCAACUUCUAUCCGACUAAAAGUAGCAAUAUGCUGUAUACUUUAUCUGUAUCUUGCAAACGCCACACGGAAAAACUGGGGGCAAGACUCAAAUCCAGAACUUUGGAACUGUGAGGCAAAUGUGCUCACCACUAGUACACAGUUUUUUCGAGGGUUAGGCGGCUGCACAUUUUAUUAAUAAAAUUAAACAUGACCUGCAUCAAAACAUUAUGAAAACAUCCAGACUUCAAAGAUAACCCACACAAAAUUGACUGUCUGUUUGUUUAUUUAUUGAACAUAUAAAACACACAAUACAACAAUAAAUUGACAAAAGUGAAGGCAAGCAAACAUUGUAAAAAGGAAAAGAGAAAAACAGUCAUCAUGACAAUUCUAUGUUCAAAGGAGUAGGAAGAAGUAAGAAACUUAUCUCGUCCUACCCCUUGUUAUGUAGCAACAUAUGAUUUAAAUACAAAAAUAAAGGAAAAAUCAACAUAUCAUCAAAUGUUUUUAUCCUUAUGUGUACUGUACUUAUCUAUACACCUCUCGGUUAGUUUAUUCAUCCUCACUCUUG